GGUUUUGGAGGGGUUUUGCAACGGGAGCGGGAGCUAAAAGCUGAACCAAAAUGAACCAUUCCUAGUACGCGUCUGCUUAAGACAAUAUCUGGUCGGGACUGGGAUGGGGCGAUUGUCUUGCAGCAGGAUAUUAAAUCGUGGCUAUGAAAUGUGAUUCUGUGAACUCUUUUUCGUGUGCUUGUUUCCUCCUGCGUUUGCUUCAACUGAUAACGUUUCAACGGUCAUUUUUAUCAAUUUUCAUAGCUUUUUUCGUUAUGUCCCAAAAACCAUCCAGGGUUUGUAAUUGAUGUAGAAAACAUUACCCCCGAAAACCCUGGUAACGACGUGUUACUCUAACACAAAAAUCGCAACCCUUCGGGACAGGAGUCGGCACAGCUUUCCCUACACGUUAAUGCAAUUGAAAAUGCGCAGCGGGAAGCGAGUGCACAGUUUUUCGCACUUUACCCAUAACGCAGCAUGAAAACGGCUUGUUCCAGUUUUCGCUGUGUCCCGUUUUGCCCCCUGCCCAGACAGGAGCGUGUCCAAGACAGAUGCCCUUUUCCUCUUUCCCAUGGUUUCGGACAAACGUCUGAAGCCAUAUACAUGGGUAGAAGGUAGAUGUGGAAGUAUGGGGGAAGCUUCGGGAUUUCGUAACACCACAAUAGGAAAAGGAUUUAUCUUUAAAAGACGCGUUGGUCUUAUCAAAUCGUCCCACUCACAUUGCAUCUGUCGAGCAGCUCGGUACGGAAGCCAUUCAACACUCGGUCAAGAUUGUCAAAAGGCUUCAGCAGUGCACAGGAUGACUCACAGAACUGCGGCCAAGCUACUGCUGGCAGUUGUAUCGCUGUUCUGCGUACUUCAGAUGCUGGAAUGCGGUGUGGUAGAUAGACAACCUCGAGCCUACAAACAGUACAACACGGAACCACAGAAGAGACCGUUCUGCAACGCCUUUACCGGUUGCGGUAAGAAGCGAUCGUCUGCCUCGAGUCCACCGACGGCCGCAGCCGCCGCUGCCGCCGCCGCCAUGCUACAGCGACACCUGCAAACCAUGGACCCAGGGCGGAAGGACCGUAUGGGCAGUGAUUUUGACCCGAACGAAGAAUCGAUCAGCAGUCUGCUCGAUCUCAACACGGAACCGGCGGUCGAGGAUCUGCUCCGACAGAUCAUGUCCGAGGCGAAGCUGUGGGAAGCGAUCCAGGAAGCGAACCGGGAGAUUUAUCUGCAAAAGUCGGGCAUGAAGGACCAGCGCAAUGAUUUCCCGCUGACAUUCAGCACGCAGUAAGCUGGACAGGGCUGAUACCUCCAGUGCAACAACUAACUAAAAAGGCAACCAACAACUCUAAACUUCUCGGUGUAUUAACACACAUACACUCAUUUGCACCAGCGCACCACGGAUGAUCCACGUUUUACACACAACACUGUGGCUAGGGAAACGGAUACACAGACUCCACGGUUGAACACACUGUUACUACUCCUACUAAUGCGUAAGAAUGCCAGGCUCUCGCGCCCGGUUAAUCAAUACACGGCUUCCCAUAAGGACACGGGAAUCACCCUAUUUUUCUCUUAUGAUGUAGAUCGUUAAUAGUCUUAAGGAAAGUGAAUCAAAAGGACGGAAACGCAACAAACAAAUUCCUAAAACGGUGUGCCCUCAUUCCAUGAGAGCUCAGCGAGGUAAUUUUUACGUUAAAGUUCUACAAUGCAAUAAAAUACGCGAAUGUAAAGCUGAAA